AUGGACGGGGCCAAUACCCAACUCCCGUUGACAGUAGUGCCGGGGGUGGCGGCGGUGGUGCCGGGGGUGGCGGCGGGGGUGGCAGUAGUGGAGGCGGCGGAGGCGGUGGAGGUGGCGGAGGGAGCGGAGGCGGCGGAGGUAGUGGAGGAGGCGGAGGUGGAGGAGGCGGCGGAGGCGGCGGAGGCGGCGGCGGCGGAGGCGGCGGUGGUGGAGCGAGUCGCGACUCUGCGCAGAGGAGUGGCGCCGGUGGUGCGCGGUGGGGGUUUUGGUCCCUGCUCUUACGUUCUCCUUACCGGCGACCGCACUAGUGAGCAGUGCGGAGGCCCGCACUCCACCCAGCGCUGCUUUGGUCGCCUGACGGACGCGUGGCGUCGCCAGUUCCCUGAGGCGUCAGAGAUCCCUUGCUGGGGAGAUCUCGCUAAUGUCGGGGUUGCUAUCUUUGAUCUUGACUUUGAUGCUAUUCUUGCUGCCAUGUAUGCUGUUGCUGAUAGUGUUGAGGGUGCCUGUGACCUGUGUGUACCGCCUCACCCGGGCAUUGAGGCUGCAGCGCUAGGUGCUGGUGAGGCUGCUACUUUAGGUGCUAGUGCGUCUACUGCCCCAGGUGCCGGUGCGUCUGCCGCCCUAGGUGCUGGUGAGUCUGCUCUCUCAGGUACUACGUCGGCUCAAGCCUUCCACACCUUCACCCUGGACUCGAGUGCGUCCCGCUCCUUCUUUCGAGACCGCACCACUCUUACGCCGCUUUUUCGGCCAGUUGCAGUCUCCCUGGGAGACCCCUCUGGGGGUCCUGUCCUUGCUAGCUUCUCCACUGUCCUUCCGUGCCCUGCAGCCCCCUCUGGCACCCUGUCUGGUCUCUACCUCCCCUCGUUCUCUACGAACUUGGGGAGUGGAGCAGACCUACAGGAUCAAGGGGUUGACAAGUUCACUCCUGCGAGUCAGCGAGUGACCCACUGCACGUGUGCUCGGAGAGGCCCACUCUUGGCCACGUUCACCGUCGGGCGGGGUCGAGCCUGUACACCCUUACUACUGAGUCUCCUCCGGUUGCUGAGUCUGCCCAGGUAG